ACUCCGCACUGCGCCUCCCACACCGCGAGCGACCGGCGGGCGUGCUCCGCCUCUGCGGCGUUUUUCCCUCGGGCACUUGAGCUAGCACCCCGCUGGGGCGUUGCUGCGAGGCCCUGCCGGCGCACGGGGCGGCAGCGGGUUGCCGGGGGUACGCGGCCUGGCUCGGCGGCGGCGGCAGCGGGAUGAGCGGCAAGGAAGGAUCGGGUGGGUUCAGAAAACGAAAACAUGACAAUUUUCCACGCGGUCAAAAAAGAGAGGAAAAAGAGAAUGUUACUCCAUCUUCAGCUUUGAUGACGUCUUUCAAAUCAUUUCAGCUGGAGCUUGACACCAGGCAUGAUAAAUAUGAACGGCUUGUGAAGCUCAGUCGUGACAUAACUAUUGAAAGCAAAAGAACAAUAUUUCUGCUCCACAGGUUUAUCAGUGCUCCCAAUGGGGAAGAAAUAUUAAAUGAAUCUGAAGUAAAACUAGAUGCUGUCCGACGGAAGAUUAAGCAGGUUGCACAAGAACUGAUUGGAGAAGAUGUGUAUCAGUUCCACAGAGCUAUAUCUCCAGGACUUCAGGAAUAUGUUGAGGCGGUCUCAUUUCAGUAUUUUAUCAAAACACGCUCUUUGAUUAGUGUUGAAGAGAUCAACAAACAACUAAUAUUUACAGCAGAAGACAGAGAAGAAACAACAAACACGACCUCAAGUUCCCAUGAUAAACAACCGCAUACUUGGAGCCUGAAGAUAACACCUGUUGAUUACCUGCUGGGAGUGGCUGAUCUAACUGGAGAGCUGAUGCGGCUGUGCAUCAGCAGCGUUGGAAAUGGUGACAUAGACACACCUUUUGAACUGAGCCAGUUCUUACGUCAGAUUUAUGAUGGUUUUACUUUCAUUGGCAACACUGGACCUUACGAAGUAUCUAAGAAGCUGUAUACCUUGAAACAGAGUCUGUCAAAAGUAGAGAAUGCCUGCUACACGUUAAAAGUACGGGGAUCUGAAAUCCCAAAGCACAUGCUGGCUGAUGUAUUCUCCACCAAAACAGAAUUGAUUGAUGAUGAUGGUCUUCCUUAAAAUAAGGAGACUGUUGCAACGCAGAAGGAGAGAGGACUUUCUAGUUACAGUUUUGGGGUUCUGACUCUUCUCAAAGCUUUUUAGGUAGAGACAUUUGUAGUUUUAUCUGAGAGAAUAUUGUUUGCAGUAGUUAAUUUGUAACCGAACAUACUUUUUCUGAUGUGCAAGAGAACAAAUGUUUGACUUUGUCCUUUCAGUUUGGAAUUUCCUGUAUUGCUCCAUUGUAUCUUCCUUCAGAAUUACCAGGAUUUCCACUGCACUCUACACCACUGACUGUCCUUCGUGUGAGUCACCUCAAACUGUUGUGUUUGCUGUUAACAGUUUUUGGCAAGCACAGCAGUGGAAUAAAAAUGGUGAGGUACUGGUAUUUAGCAUUAUCCAUGUAUUUCUGCUGACCUGUUUUUUGAGUAUUUGGGUUCUAAAAUAAUGUACCUAUCUAUGUGUAAGUUCAUUCCUUGUCUUGAAACUGAGGUAGUCUCAAAGGUGCCAUGUAACUGUAAGUUUUUUCUGAUUAAUGCUUUUGCAAAUGAAACUGAAACUAUGUCAACUUUUUGCCAGUUGAUAGUGAAGCUAAUUGCACCAGGUAAAUACUGCUGUGCACUCGUUAUUUUUGAGCUCUGUUUAAAUUGAGCUUUGUUCAAGUUAACACUGGUACUUCACAGUUUUGACAUGAGCUAGAAAAUCCACAAAAAUAAAAUUGUGGAAUAUAUUGGUUUGCAUUUUUUGUAAUACAGUUUAAUGCAGAAUCUGACAUCUUUCUGUCUGUAGACAAAAGCAUAAGGCUUUUCAAGUAGCAGGUUUUGGCCAAAACAAACGCGGUGUGGUGUUGGAAGUCUGUUCUCCAUUGUUUGUGCUGCCCUGAGGACCUCCAGUGGGGUUGAACUGGUAUAAGUGGGAAAGGGCUAGCCAAGCUUUAAAUAUCUGUUAGCAGGAACUGUAUCAUGUGCACGUUCCUAUGGAAAGGAAAUUGCAAACAGAAAUAAGGCAUACAUUCUGAUUUCCACAUUUAUCUUUGAGGUGAGUAUGUCACCACUGGCAAAAAAUCAGGGCUUUCUGCCGGUGUCUGAAGUUAUGAAAGUCUGAUAACGUACAUUAUGCUAAAGGAAAACAGAUAAAACAACAUGAUCUUUAGACUUCAGGAAAUAGGCCUCCCAACUGUAAUUGAAAAUACUGCAUGUUCUUUAUUUCCACUUCCAUAUACUGUGAUAGUGCCAAUAUUUUUCCCAUGAGCAUGUCCUGAAUAGCUGGGACCAUCUGAUACAUGGAUAGGAAUGGGUAAAUACAUUUCUAUCACAUUUUUCCAUUGUUUCCACAUAAAGCAAUAUAUGGUGGGUUGAACAAGGAGUGGCUUUUUUCCUAUUGUUAAAUACUAUUUUUUACAAUAAAUUCUAAAAACUA